AUGCAACUCGGCGGCGAGAAGAGCGGAAAACUGCUCGUGUUGCUGCUUGUGCUGCACUGCGGGCCAACCGUGGCGUUUAGUGGCGCACUUUCGAGCAAAAGCAAGGCUGACCUUCUUGAGCUCGCUCAAGCACUUGGCGUUUCCCUAGAAAAUGCUCGGAACAAUGGAGAUCGGUGCAUACACGUGGACAAAAACGCGCACAUCCAACCGGCACAACAACGCCAAACUGAGAACGUUCCACCGCUGCCGGAUGUCGAGUCCUCUAUGCAUCCACCUGCAACGCGCCGAAGACUUGAUGCUCACUGGCAGCCUUCGAGUCAUCAUGCUACUGACUCAGAGAUGAAUCAACCAAUUGCAGGACCUUCACACAUACCUGUCAUGACUCACGGUACAAAUGACAACAAUUUACUCCCUCCUAAUGACGCUAAUCACGACGUCCGCGGUUUGAACAUACCCCAUUUUUCAUAUAAUCAUCACUUUAACAUGUUUCCAUAUCAUCACGCAGAUUAA